AUGGGUCGCUACCAAGAUCCUUUUGACUGCUCUCGCUUCUACGUGUGCUCGUAUGGAACUGCCCAUCAGUUCUCUUGUGAUAAUGGUACUCGUUAUGACCACGACAUCGGAGUCUGCCGCCAUGCUUCUGACGUCAUCUGUAGAACAGGAAACCAGCUCAUGACCGAAGCCUUCACAUGUCCGACGAUGAAUGGUAUGUACCGAGAUAUCACUUCUUGCAACCAUUUCUAUCUCUGCGCCAAUGGCCGCCACUUCCGGUUGGCAUGCCCUCCAGGUCUUCAGUUCAAUGGUGCAGUAUGCACAUGGAAAUCAGCCAACAGCUGCAAAGAAGGUUCCAAUUUUGAGAACGAAGUUAACUGGACAACAGAUCUGAAAAUCCCGGCAAAUGAUGUUGACAAAGAAGAACUUCCAAUGUACAAAAGCAGUUUUGAGAAUUCAAACAACGAUGUAGAGUUUGAAAAUGAGUACUACGACAGCACCCCAGAAGAAGGUGGGAGUGACUUUCCGAGAUUCGUAGACAAAGUUAAAACCAUGGAUGAUAUAGAUACCAUCCAGAUUGGACUUUUGGCGCCAAAAGGCAAAAAGCUGUCCGCUGAAACAACCGACAGUUCGUCCCGACGCACACCUAAAACUACGACAAAGGCAACGACAAAAGCAACAACUACGGCUGCUAAAACGACGACUACGACAGUGAAAACCACAGCCCCGACCAAAGUCACAACUACAAGGGCGUCAAAAAGUACCGGAAGAAAGCAAACAACCACACUCAAGGCAACAGCAACAACAGCUAAAACUACCCCACGGAAAAUCACAAAGAAAGUCUCUAAGAUGCUCAAGACCACACCCACUGCUUCCACUACACAAAAGCUAAAGAUUACCACAACAUCUAUCGCAAAUGUAACCACAAGCGCUACAAAGAAUGUUACAGUAAAUAUCACACUUGACAACACUAACACCACCCAGUCAUCAAGUCCAGUGACUUCAAAAUCCACAACAACAACCAAGGCCAGCAAAACGACACAGCGAAUUCCUACGACCAGCCGGCAAACGAUGAAAGCUGUGAAAUACAAUGGCGCUAAAUCUCUUAUUUCGGACUCAUCUGUCAAACCUAAAUCGUCUACAACCAAACCAGCUACGACAAAAGGUACCACAACACCUACUAAGGACCAGAAGACGACCAAAAUCACAAAAUCUUCAGCAACGAUCAGCACAGAGUCCACCAUCUCAGUGAAUAUCACAGAAGACGACGACGAGCAAAACACAACACUUUCACCACAAAACGUCACGAUAGACGUCAACGUCACAAGCAACAGUAAUGAUACCGACAAUUCCACAUUUGCCAUCGCUGACGAUGAUGCCCUUAACGCCACGUCAACAGUUGCUCCUUCCUCUACAUCCUCACAGAGCUCUACCACCAGUAAUAAUACAUCAACAACAGAUGCCAAAAAGGGUACGGAUGCGACAGCACAUACUACUGAUAAAACACUUAUGACGAAAGCUAUAAAGACAACAACAGUCAAGACAUCAUCUAGCAAGAGGAAAGCGUCUAGGUCCGUGGAUUCAGUGAAGGGAAGUGAAGAAGCCAGAUUCAGACUGGAAGCUGUUCAGCUUAAACAAUGA